AUGGACACCAACAAGAUGGUCAUCAACUUGGCGCUUUUUGGCAGAACUCAGAGUGGAAAGAGUUCUGCUGGGAACAUUCUCCUGGGAAGUACUGAAUUCCACAGCAGCUUUUCUCCCUGUGCUGUCACCAAGAACUGCAGCCUAGGCCGUAGCUGUUACCUGCACAGUUUCAUGCGCCGAGCAGGGCAGGAGGUCACCCUACAGGUGCAGGUGCUGGACACUCCUGGUUACCCACACAGCAAGCUGAGCAUGGAGCAGGUGAAGCAAGAGCUCAAGAAGGCUCUGAACCAUCACUUUGGGAGAGAGGGUCUUCACCUGGCACUGCUGGUCCAGAGAGCAGAUGUGCCUUUCUGUGGACAGGAAGCUUCCUACCCAGCCCAGCUCAUCCAGGAACUUCUGGGACAUGCUUGGAAGAAUUAUACUGCUGUUCUUUUCACUCAUGCAGAAAAAAUAGAAGAAGCUGGGUUCAGUGAAAAUGAAUACUUACACGAGGCCUCUGAUACCCUGCUAGCCCUGCUAAAUUCUGUACAGCAGAGAUAUGUUUUCCAGUAUAAAAAAGCAAACUCCUUUAAUGAGCAGAGAAUGAAAAUCUUAGAAAGAAUUGUGGAAUUUAUAAAAGAAAAUAAUUACCAAGCUCUCACCUUUGAAUAA